AGAAAUGUGUAACUUGCCUCUUAACUCUCUCUGUGUCUGUCUGCCUGAAAUGCACAGACUUGAUUGGCCGAGUGUUAUCACGUAGGAUGGAUUAACUCUCAUGUAAUUGGUCUGUGCUGUGUUUCCUCGUCCACUAAACCGCCACCUCAAGCUACGCCGGUUAAACUAUAAAGCGCCCUGACAAAUUUUAAAUCGUUAAUUGUUUUGGCUGUAGGUCGAGUGGGUUAUACCAAAAAAAUAGUGCUGUGUCACCACCUUGUGUCAGGAUACGACCACUACUUCUGUGAUCCCGGUGUUUGUUUGUUUUUUCCCAACAUGGCAACCAGGUGGGGAAUCUGUGGCGCGGGGAAGAUCAGCCAUGAUUUCACAGUGGCCCUGAAAAGUCUUCCCGCUGAAGACCACCAGAUUGUAGCUGUGGCUGCUCGUAAACUGGAGGAUGCACAGGGGUUUGCCAAGAAACACAGCAUCUCCCGAGCGUACGGCAGCUAUGAGGAGCUGGCCAGAGAUCCAGACAUAGAUGUGGUGUACAUCGGAGUUAUCCACCCCUACCAUCUGAAAACAUGUCUGCUCUUUACCAACGCUAAGAAGAACGUGCUGUGUGAGAAGCCGCUGGCCAUGAACUCCAGGGAGGUGCAGGAGAUCCUGGCCUCUGCCAAGAAGAAUAAUGUCUUCCUCAUGGAGGCCGUCUGGACUCGCUUUUUCCCGGCCUCUGUGGAGACCAGGCGGCUGCUGGCAGAGGGGGAGUUGGGCGAGGUGAAGAUGGUCAGGUCUGAGUUUGGCGCGCCAUUGUUGCAUGUACCGAGAAGAGUGCAGAAGGAGCUGGGUGGAGGAGCAUUACUAGACGUUGGCAUCUACUGCCUGCAGUACAUAUUGAUGGUGUAUAACGGAGAGAAGCCAGAGUCUAUCCAAGCCGUGGGAUUCUGUCAGGACACAGGUGUGGAUGAGACUAUGGUAGUCACCAUGAAGUUCUCCAACAACAGGAUGGCAGUGUUUACCUGCUCCGUAGGUAUACAGAUGCCCAAAAAUAUCAUUAUUGUGGGUACCAAGGGCACCAUCCACAUCCCUGAACAUAUGUGGUGCCCCACAUCAUUGAAAGUGAACGGGAAGGAGACGCAGUAUACUUUGCCAGAACCUUAUUUGCCUAUCAACUUCUUUAACAGUACAGGAAUGCGAUACGAAGCAGAGGAGGUUCGGCAGUGUUUGCUCAAAGGGCUGAAGGAGAGUGCAGUCAUGUCCCACGCUGACUCUCUUCUGUUGGCUGAGGUGGAGGAUGAGAUCCGUAGGCAGGUUGGGGUGGUGUACAACCAAGACUGUCAGUAAAUAUUAAACACAUACUGAGAUGGUCUGUGCCAGAGGGUAAUGUAUUUUGACGAAAAGUCUUGAUAUAUUGAACACAUUGUUUAGAUCGUUGGAGUGAAAACUAUUUAAUCUCUGCAGCAGAAAUCAACUAUAUUAAUACAAAUAUUUUUACACUAUUAAUUAAAAGUACAGUAAAAUGAAGAGUGCUGUAUUUAUGUAGUCUUAACUUGAUACUUAAGUUGUAAUAGGAUGAAACAGUGUGAAACCUUUGAUCUAUGAAAUAAAUGUUUAUGACAUUUUA